CCAAGAGCGGAUCUGUAGCAGUGUAUUCGUGUGGAAAAGUGCCCAGAAAAACUGAGAAACAAUGGUUGAACCAACGGAACAUUUGCUGGCACUCAAAGUGAUGCGCCUCACACGACCCACUUUGAUCAGCCCCCAGAUAUUGACGGCCGAACCGAAAGAUGUGCCACAGUAUUCGUUCCAAAAAAUUCUACACAGCGAUGCUACUUCGGUCGCUGGUUGCGAAACGAUUUCGGCUGGACAGUUUAUGCUUCUGCCGCAGAGCUUCGGCAACAUCUAUCUUGGCGAAACGUUUUCUAGCUACGUGUGCGUUCACAACUGUCGGGCCCAUCCCGUCACGAACGUGUCCGUAAAGGCCGAUUUGCAAUCGAACAAUAGUCGAGUCAGUCUUCCGAUCCACGCAGACAAGACGGGCCCGGUUACGUUGAAUCCGGAGGAAACGAUGGACGAUGUUAUUCAUCAUGAGGUGAAGGAAAUUGGAACGCACAUAUUGGUUUGCGAGGUUUCGUACAUGACACCAGCUGGGUUGGAGACGUCGUUUCGUAAAUUCUUCAAAUUUCAAGUGCUCAAACCGUUAGACGUGAAGACAAUGUUUUAUAAUACCGAAACAGACGACGUGUAUCUGGAGGCACAGAUACAGAACAUUACCGUCGGGUCAAUCUGUCUCGAAAAGGUCGAGCUUGAAAGUUCCGAGCAGUAUACGGUAAUCUCGUUGAAUGCGCUGCCAUCCGGUGAAUCUGUGUUUUGCUCGAAAACGAUGCUUCAGCCCCAGAAUAGCUGUCAGUUUCUGUACUGCAUUCGACCUAUCCCGGAGAUUGCACGUGAUCCGAGUGCACUGAAGGCGGCCAACAAUAUAGGCAAACUGGACAUUGUGUGGCGUUCCAAUUUGGGCGAGAGGGGACGCUUGCAGACCAGCCAACUACAGCGCUGUGCGCUGGAAUACAGUGACCUUCGGCUGAGCGUCAUCGAAGCAAACAGUACCGUGCGCAUCGGCGAGGGAUUUAACUUCCGGUGCCGGGUGACAAACACAAGCGAACGAUCGAUGGAUUUGCUGAUGAGCCUCAACACGAAGGCCAAACCAGGCUGUGGUUACACCGGUGUGACCGAGUUUGCGCUCGGUGCGAUCGAACCCGGUCAGAUGAAAGAAUUCUCACUGACCGUAUGCCCGGUACGGUUGGGACUGAUUGCGAUUUCCGCGCUGCAACUGACGGACGUGUUCACGAAGCGCAAGUACGAGUUCGACAACUUUCUGCAGGUGUUUGUGGUGGACGAAGAUUAUCGGGAGGAUUGCUUCCAGCUGGAUAAGUACGUUCGAUACAGUAGCGCUAGCAGCAGCGCUAAAAACAUUCCCCAAACGGUUUAAUUAAAAUGCAGCAAAUACAACCACACCAGCGGGGGUCCCAAACAAUUUGUGCCGUUUGUGCGAGUUAUGGAAAUUUAGCAGCAGAGUUAAUUUAUAGCACGAAAUCUAAUUAAAAAGGUAAAACAUUGAUUAAAAAUAUCCUUGGAUUUUAUAUAUCCUUGGUUAUAUAAAACAUUUGUUUCUAUUUGACUAGCUAUAUCGGCCCGGUUACACGGCUACGCAAGAGAAGUAUGCAAUGUACUCAAACUCCUUCCUCUUUAUCGGCACGACAUCCUCAGGAUAUUGAAGCCUACCAUUUCUGGCUUUUUUUAGACGAUUAUAUGAGAUACCAAACGAGCCAAACAACGUCACGCUGAACAUGUCAAUAUAGUCCCCAAAAACCCUGCAAUAAUAGCCAACGUAUUAGAAACUCUUCGAUCACGCGCAAUGAUAACACGUGAGAGCGGAUCAGCAAUAUGCAUACUGGAGGGGAAUUGAUGUCAGCUCCUGUUUUGGAUGCUCUCUUGGUAUCGGAAAUCUGAAAACAGCCGGUUCUGUAUUGAAUCUCGUAUCAGCCGACGGUACGCAGCUGAUUAUCUCAGUUGUGCAUACACACGCUACACAUAGCCACACAAGGCGAUCAUACCGAAGAGCAAACAGUUCCCCUCGCCUGAGUAAAAUGUGGAUACAGAUCACACACGCUACACAUAGCCACACACGGCGAUCGUAUCGCUCGAAUGGGGAGAGCGAGAUCGGCUGCCGAUGCUAAAUGCGAGCACCGUGUGAUAAGCCUCCCUCGUGAUAAGAGAGGUAUGCGAAUGAGAGA